AUGGUGGUGACGGUCUCCAGAGCGACCCUCGAGUCCCUCCGUUGGUGGCUCGACCCGGAGAUCGUGUGUGCCGGGGUCCCGUUCCACCCUCCGCGCCCGUCUGCCACGGACGCCUCGGCGCUCGAUGUUUAUAAUGAGGUUGUUUCCCUCCUGGUGCACAUAGCUGACCAAGAUAAGGACAGAAUUGCCCUCAGGAUUGCCUCUAUAGCUAAGACCAAGCUGGCUAGUGUUGCGAGAGUUCUGCUGGAGAAACUGCAACAGGAUAAGCAAAACAGAGUAGCCAUUUACUAUAUCCUGGAGGGGGUGUUACAGCAGGACACCGGGGGCCUAGAGAUAAGGCUAGUGAAAAACAUUGUAAGCCUAGCCUCAGACCAGAUGAGAGAGACUCAGGAAGCAACAAAUGAAGUAAAAGUGGCAGCUAGCAACACGUUAGUGACUCUGGCAAGCUGCUAUUUUGAUCAUGUCAUGUAUGAGCUGCGCUGUCAUCUGAAACCACCGAAGCUGCCUGAAGAGUUUAUUUUAGUUACGCUGGGCAACCUGUCAUCAGCCUAUGCACGUAAGUGUAUCCCUUUUGUGAGAGUGACCCUGAACACCAUGUUCUCCAUGCUGGAGUUCGUCAAGGACGGCAGGCUGAGACAAGCAUUUUGCGGUGUUCUGGAACAAUGGUCAAGGGCAGUACGUCUCUUUUUGGCUAACUGGGAAAAGUGCUCAUUCCCCAAAGUGGGCCAAUUGCGACUCUGCAAUCAUUUUCUUCCCGUCUACACUCAUGUGAUCAGCAACUGGCUGACUUGUGAGGAGCCGGAGGUGAGAAUUGCUGGUUCUCUAAACCUUUAG